CGAAUUUGCUCAUGAUAAUGAUUGCACCAUCAGUGAAUUGGUAGAAUUUCAAAAACAAUGAGAAGAGUAACCUGCAUAAUAUCCGAGGACAAGCACCUGUUCCUGUCCGAUUCUGGAUUGAUCCUUGAGAAUUUACAUCUACAGAAUCCAGUUUUGCAGUAUGUGAUAUCUGUGUGCACAGCUUUCCACAAAGAACAUGGGUUUGGACUGAAGUCUUUGUUAUACCUCAUUACUGAGAUUUACAAACUGUCCAGCUUAUUAUAUCAACAGGGUAUCCCUAUUUGCAAGAUUCAAGAACAUUUAGAAGCAAGCUUUAGAAUUUGCAAAGAAAAAGCUAAAGAUAUAAAAAUCCACAUGAAGAUAAGUUCCAACCCUCAAUCAAAGGUUGAGAAAAUGGAACCAUAUUUCACUGCUCAAGAAUCAGAUAAGGAAGAAAGACUGUGGACUCCAAAAGAAUUAUUGAAGACAUCUACUUCAAAAGAGCAAAAAUUUAGUAUCAGUGGUAAUAUUGAUGAAUUGUGUGCUGAGAAAUCAACAGAAGUAAGUACUAUUUGUCCAAUAAGGCUGAGGAUGUUGAACAUUGAGGCAGAGGAUGAGGAAGAUAUAGAAGAUGUAACCUGGUUCUUCACAGAAGAUACACCACUGGGUACCAGCCAAAUCAAUGGACCCGAAUCUACAUUCAGCACAGGGUGCAGAGCAAAUAGUCACUUUGAUGUGGAUGUAGAUGAAGUGAUUAAGGAGGAAGUGCAGUUCAUGUCUUUGAAAAAUGAUGAAAGUGAUAACUCUAAUGAUGAUGAAUUCGAUGAUUGUUUUGAUGAUAUUCCAAAGGUGGUGAAAUCUCAAACAUUUCAAAGCACAACCUUUGAUGUUAAUUCGCAGACAUCUCAAAAAACACAACUGUCAUUGACAAUGGGUUCUUCUAAAUUCAGUCAUGAGACAAAGAUCAGCUGUAGUAAACCAAGGGAAUCAAGAUUUCAACAAAAAGCCUGUCAUCUGAAGUAUCCUGAUGAAAAUGAAUUUGACAAGUGCUUUGAAAAAUCCUUCAGAAAGCCAAGUGAUACUCGCAAACACAACCUUGAAAAUGUGAGUAUAAAGCAACAGAAAAAUACAGACCUUUUUGAAAAACUUCAGAAAACACCAAAGGUCAAAAGUAAUCAAGUUUGGAACUGCAGCAGACAUUUCAAAACCAUUGAAUCAACUGUAGAAGAAUUAAGGGGAGGUAAUGAUAUUAAUCACUGUAAACGAACAACAAAUUACCAAGAGAAAGAGUCAUUAGACUCCUCUCCUAUAGAUGGUCAUGAAAAACUCCCUUCCAAAGACACAUCUGAGUCAAAAAAGAAUUUGAAUAAUUUGAUUUCCAAAUUGAAAAUCAAAACAUCAUCAUCAAAAAUAUUCAAUAGGAGCAGACACUACAAAACUGUAAAAUCUACUUUAGAUGAAUUACAUGAAGGGAAGGAUGAGGACCAUUCAAGUAUUAAAAAUUCUUACUCCAAGAUACAAUUGCUUGAAAGGACAGAAAAUGUUUCCUUGAGUGUAGGAGAUGAAGAAUUUUCCUCUGCAAGGAACCAGUCCAUAGCAGAUGUAGGACACCAGUCAGUAACCCAGGGAGUGAGACAGGAUUGUGAGGAUGAUUUGGGGGAAACCAUUUCAGACAGAGAUGUAAGAAUAGCUAGGGGAUUGAGCCAUGGUUGUGAAGAUGUAAUGGAUAUUGUUCUUAAAGUGGCAUCCAUGCAAACACCAAAUCAGAAAUCUUCAAGGUUCAAUGUAUCUAAUGUCAGUGUUGUGACCUGCCCUGUUGGUCUUCUGUCAGAUAACCCUGUGAUCGUGAACGGGACUGUAAUUGAAGUGUCCAGUGAUGUCAUCAUAGGCUUAGUCAACAAACGGAGACAACUUCUCAGAACUGUGGUAAUUAAUGGUGAUGUCACGCCAGCAUUCAGACACAAAGGGUACAAAUCCACCCUGGACACAGCGAGCACCAGCACCUCCUCCCAGCAGUACCUCACUCACAGAGAGGAUUCCUGGGUAGAACAGGUCGCCCACACUCUGGAAAUGGAACAUAUAGAUGCUGUGCUAGCCAGUGGGAAGAUCUGUCCUGACCUCCAGGGCCGAUUACACCAUGUAGUUAUGGUACAAAAUGUCCCAUUCCCAGCUCUCCAGUGUGUCUGUACAUCAUCUGAGAUCACAAUGGCCACCUAUGUGUCUGAUAUAUGCCAGUUUCACAUUUGUCCUGGCCUGGCUUUUGAGGCUUUAUAUGAUGACUGGGUCUACUGUCACACUGACAAACAUUAUGUCUCUGUCACACUUCCUCAAAAACUGACACAGAGUGUUGUAUACAGUCACCCAGCCCAGAUAGGUAGGGACUGUUUUGAACAGGAAUUCUGGAGGUGUUGUAAAUCUUUGUCAAAAGCCUUGGAGAGGGGCAGUGUACUUCCUGGUGAGGGAAAAACUGAAAAGCUUUGUGCACUGUCUCUGCUAGAUAGGGCAGAUGCAUCAAAACAUGGAACACAGAGUUUCGUUAUGAGAGAACUUGCCCAGGUGCUGCUCAGCUAUUGUCAUUGUGUUCAUAAUUAUACCUCCAUCACUCAUCUGGUGAAUGGCCUCAUACAGACCCUGGGGGAAAGACAGUCCAGUACACAGCCCUGCCCUCAGAGUCCUCCCUCUCCAGUUAAUGCAAUGCAGGACAACUUUACAGAGCAAAUAGAAUGUUAUGAUGAAGGAACCACCAAGAUGGCUUCCUGGGAUGUGGCUAUAAAUACAGCAUUAACGUUGUUACAGAUAGAUUCUUACAUACUGACUGGUGAACCUUCAUCCAAUCAAAUUUGAAAUUUCAUUUUUGUAAUUCAAGGAUGGAACUUUGUAAGAGUG